AUGGAAGAGUUGAAAUUGAGAGUAGACGAGCUGAUGAAGGAAGUGGCAAGGUUGGAAUGUGAGAUGACAAAGAAGAAUGAGAAGAUAAAGAAAAACAGGGUAUUGAACAUGAAUUUGAGAGAAGAGGUACUGAGCAAAAGUAAAGAAAUAGAUGAUUUGAAUGAGUUGGUAACAAGUAUGAAGAAGCAGAUGGAGAACAAUGACAGAAGAUUCAUGAAGAUGGAACGAAUGAUUAAAGCGGAUUGCAGACGCAAGGAGCUUUUUAAUGAGAAGAUCCUUGGCAGUGUGAAAAGCAGAGGGGAAUACUACAUCAGUCUUGAGAUGAAGAAGAUCAAUGAGAGGUAUGAGGUAAUGAGAAGGUUUAUUUUUGCGAUUUCUGAAAGACUUGGGUUUGAUUUUGAGAUGUUUGAUGAACUAGUAAAUAUUGCAGAAGGGACAGACGAUCCUGCUGUUAUGGCUUUUCUGGAAAGUAUUAUGCCAAAUGGAUAUGUAAGGUUGGAUGAGGAUGCCGAGUGA